AUGGAUGCUGCAGGUUUUCGAUCACACGGCAGGGAAAUGCUCGAUUAUAUUGCUCACUAUCUAGAAACAGUCCAUCUUAGACAACCUCUGCCAGAUGUCCAUCCGGGUUACCUGAAGGAUCUGGUCCCUGAUGAAGCACCAUUGACAGGGGAGAGCUGGGAAGACCUCAAGAAAGACUUGGAUAGGGUUGUCAUGCCAGGGGUAACACACUGGCACAGCCCUCACUUUCACGCCUACUAUCCAACAGCAAACUCCUAUCCUGCCAUCCUGGGAGACAUGCUUUCUGAUGGCAUUGGCUGCAUCGGAUUCUCAUGGGCGUCAAGUCCAGUCUGUACUGAACUGGAGGUGAUUGUGAUGGAUUGGCUGGCCAAGCUUCUACGCCUGCCCAACGAGUUUUUAUUCAGCGGAGAAGGAAAUGGUGGAGGUGUUAUACAGGGAACUGCAAGCGAAGCUACGCUCGUGGCUCUACUGUCUGCAAGAGCUAAGAUAUUUGCACAGAUGUUGUUUGCUGAUCCCAGUUCGACGCAUGGGCAAAUCCUGGAUAAACUUGUUGCCUACACAUCAGAUGAGUGCCACAGUUCAGUAGAGCGGGCUGCCCUGAUCACAUUGGUGAAAAUGAGAAAACUGCCAACAGAUGAACAAGGAUCACUGAGAGGUCCCACUCUGGAGAAAGCCAUCAGAGAGGACAAGGAGAGAGGACUUAUACCUUUCUUUCUCUGUGCAACCAUUGGAACGACUUCAGCGUGUGCAUUUGACAACAUGUCUGAGCUAGGACCUAUAUGCUCCUCAAACGACAUUUGGAUGCACGUGGACGCAGCAUAUGCGGGAAGUGCCUGUAUUUGUCCGGAGUUUCAAUAUUUGCUGGAUGGUAUUGAGCACUGCACAACUUUCAACUUUAACCCACACAAGUGGCUUAGAGUAAACUUUGACUGCUCUGCCAUGUGGGUCAAAGACAGGAAUCUAAUCAGCGGAGCAUUCGAAAUUGACCCUCUCUAUUUACAGCACGACAAUCAGGGACAGAUAAUGCCUGAUUAUAGGCAUUGGCAGAUUCCACUGGGGAGGCGGUUUAGGUCUCUGAAACUCUGGUUUGUCCUGAGAAUGUUUGGUGUUGCCGCGCUGCAGCAGCAAAUAAGAAAGGAUGUUGAUCUGGCCAAAAUGUUUGAGUCUUUGGUGAGAAGUGAUAGCAGAUUUGAAAUUGUGCGGUCAGUAACACUUGGCCUUGUCUGCUUUAGGCUGAAGGGUGACAAUUCCAUCACCGAGUCCCUCCACAAGAAAAUCAACGAUGAUCGCAGGAUACAUCUAGUUCCCUCUAUCAUCAAAGGCACGUACUUUAUCCGUUUUGUCAUUUGUGCCAGUGCAACUCAGCAGGAAGAUGUGUCUUUUGCGUGGUCGGUGAUACAGGAACUGACAAAUUCAUUGAUACCCUCAUAG